AUGGCAUUUGCCCUUGUCUUUAUCAUCUCUGCUGUCCAAGAUUAUGCUGAUCCUUUUGGUGGUGGUGGUGGGCCGCUCGAGAAAACGGUUGGACCAGUAGUAAAUGUGAUGACCAAAUAUGGCUCUAAGGUUCUCACUUUCUACACCGGGAUGCAAGUGGUCGCAUUCGAUCUUGCAACGCAAAUCCUCUCAACUAUUAUUCCUUUCCCUACCAGCUUGAACGACUUCACUCAGAACUUGACUUUAAUCGGCGCGUUUCUCUAUUACAUUGGAUUGAAGUAUGCUAUUGACAACCUCGACGAGGCAGAUAAGAGCAAGGAGGAAAAGGAGAAGGAAGAUGACAAGCCCUCUACUUCCAAAGCCAAAGCAAACUGA